AUGAAUAACGUCAUGCAACAAUCUCUCAUUUCAACCUCAGUCCUUCUCCUUGCAAUUACUUUCUACACCACCACCACUUUAGCCCAACUCUCACCAAUUCAACCUCCAACAACAACAGCAUCAUCACCACCCUUACCAACAACAGCAUCACCACCAUUACCGGCAACAACAGCAACAGCACCAACACCAGGACUAAACACAGUUCCACUUGUACCGACAACACCAACUGGUGCACCAUCACCCCUCAUCCCAAAAGGACCUACCAUUGACAUAAUCAGCAUCCUCCAAAAAGCAAAGAGAUUCUCUGUCUUAAUCCGUCUUCUGAAAACAACACAAUUAAUCAACCAACUCAACUCACAGUUAGUAUCAUCAUCAGGUUCAGGUGGUUUAACAAUUUUUGCACCAGAAGACAGUGAUUUCUCUAAACUCAAAGCAGGGUUCUUAAACUCUCUAUCUGAUAGACAAAAAGUUGAACUCUUGCAGUUUCACACUCUUGCUUCAUUCAUUUCAAUCUCAAACUUCGAUACCUUAACCAACCCUGUUCAGACACAGGCCGGUGAUGAUGCUAGGCUUCAACUUAAUGUUACUACUUACGGUGGAAACCAAGUUAGUAUGGCUACUGGAGCCGUUAAUGCUUCCGUUACCGGUACUGUUUAG